AUGGACGAGAUGGUCAAUUUGACGGUGCAGAUGCCCUUGAGCGAGCAGGAUCUGCGAGCCCUGAAGCACACACGGGGGCGUCGCCGGCUUCGCGACGUCGAGGCCAAGUGUCCUCCUGGAGUCUUGCUGAAGCUGAACAAGGACUACGGCGACUACGGAGUGCUAGAGAUAUCUGGGCCAGCAGAAAAGGUUCAAAUGGCUCAGAAGCGGGUGGAGGAAUGCACUGGGCCAAUCAAGGAGCUUUCUUCUGCAGUGUGGUAUGAGCUGCUGAGAACCAGGAAGGGCUUUGGGGCCCUCAACUUGAUCCAAAAACUCACAGGCUGUCGGCUCCACUUGGAGCGAAAUGCAAGCCAGGUGAGAUUGUUGGGAUCAGCUCAUGCUGCUGCUUGGGCCAGUGCCCUCAUAGGAAAUCUGGAGGAGAUGUGCGUCGAAGCGCGUGUGCCAGCUGAGCUUCUCUCAAUCAAACCCGAUCAGAAACUGCUUAGCCGAAUUGCAUGCCAAACCUCUGUGACUUUGUGCUUCCAGGAGUCAGAGCUUUGCGUGAUGGGCUUCAGGGCUGCUGUCCACAAUGCAAUGGCCGAGAUGCAAAGACUAGUCAGACUAGCAAGAUCUGGGGCCAACCUUAGCGACCUUGUGGAUGUGGAUUUUCCCUCCAAUUCCAUGGAGCAGGAAGUGCAGAACCUGGCACCCUUGCUUCCCUUGGCACAUGAGUGGGCAGAUGGACCAAAGAAAAGUCCAGUCUGUCCUGAUGGAGCAAGCUAUCUCCAUGUACUUCCCAGCGACAUUGCAUUUUGCCAUGAUACUGUGGCGCCUGAUUUCAAGAAUGGAAGGUCUAUCCUAACAACCUUGCUGGACUUGGCCAGUGGGGAUAUCAGCCUUCGAGACGUUUCUAUGAUGGAGGUGGUCUUCUUUCAAGACCGUUUGCAUUCGCUCAGCAAUCGGCGACUCUGCUUGUAUAUGUUGUGCGAACACUACGGGCUCAUCGACAAACGUGUGCCCGUGAAGGUGAGACUCUUGGAGAAACCUCCACAUACUUUUAAGAACAAGUACACGACAACGUGCCGCGGAGAAUGGGUCCGUGUCCGCAGAGAUGGUCGCAUUUGUUCGCGGCAGCGGGAUGAGACGACCUUCGGACGUGAUUUGUUCACUUAA